ACAGUUUAAACCUCGUCGCUCUGGAAAAGCGCGUUUGGGCGGCUUGUCGCAAGCACGUGACUCUGCUCUUGCGCUGCGCAGACCCCUGGAUUCUUUGAACGUGGCAGCUUUCCCGCAGAGGGACUCGAGUCGGAAAGCGACCAUCGUACAAAUCUCGAAGGGAGGCUUGACGGCAAUUGCAUCCUUUCUUUUUUUUUUUUCCCUCCUCCUCAGCAAGGCGACAAGGCACCAAUUGCAAUUCUCUAGUAGAGAAUAACAUCUUUUUUUGCCUCUGUCGGGAAGAACCAAAACACUGGGAGCGGAUCAGAACUCGGUGGCCCCAAUUACACUGCUGAGGAAACGAAACAGAGCUCCCCUCCCCAACGAACGCCAACAUGAGGUCCCUAUUUUCUCUCGCAACCUUUGUGGCUGCGGCGCAGGCCCUGUACUUCUACGUCGACGGAGGCACUCCCAAGUGUUUCUAUGAGGAGCUCCCCAAGGACACGCUCGUCGUGGGCCACUACUCCGCCGAGGAGUGGGAUGACAGGGCGAACAUGUGGCAGCAGCACCAGGGCAUCAGCAUCUACAUUACUGUCGAGGAAAUCUUCGACAACAACCACCGUGUCGUCUCCCAGCGAGGCACCUCCUCCGGCCGCUUCACCUUCUCCGCCGCCGACGCCGGCGACCACAAGAUCUGCUUCAUGCCCUCCUCCAGCAGCGGCCGCACGGGCUGGCUCUCCAUGUCUAACCCCAACGGCGGCAUCAAGCUGCGCCUCGACAUGGUGAUUGGCGAAACCAGCCAGAUUCAGAGCGACGACAAGGACAAGCUGAACGACAUCACCACUCGCGUCAAGGACCUCAAUGCUAGAUUAAACGACAUUCGCAGGGAGCAAGUUUUCCAGAGAGAGCGAGAGGCCGAAUUCAGAGAUCAAUCCGAGUCUACCAACGCCCGCGUCAUUCGAUGGAUCAUCAUUCAGCUCGUCAUCCUCGGCGCCACCUGCGCUUGGCAACUCUCUCAUCUGCGUUCGUUCUUUAUUAAGCAGAAGCUUACUUGAGAUGGAUGCAAAUUGAAAUAAACACGCGGGAGCAAACAUAGAGCGAAGAAAGGGAAAAGAAAAACCAUCCUGCCAAGACAAAUGUGGUGGAAUUGGCGAAAAGGGAUAUGAUACCAAUUGCAUCAUUUUUCCGAUUUAAAUAUCAGGCAACAUUCCAGUCAUUGUGCAUAGCCAAGUAUACAUGAUGAGAAAAGGGUUGAAGAAAAGAGUUGAAGGUGUCCAAUUUACUUAAUGCGAGAUCCGAAGCCUACCUACCUUAGUUACGAAAGAUUGAAAGAAAUGAAAAGAAAAAAGUUCGAUAGUAA